AUGUCGACGGGUUUGGGCGCACAAAAUGUGGUGAACCCGACACCCUUCCCUCCACAUUUUGACGACUUGAAACGCAGCAUUCAGAUGGCCAGUAGAACGGGAAAGAAGAAAGGAGAAGAGUCGGACUUCAGCGCGGCUGUCAGAGAAACUAACGAACGCAAGGCGUAUGAGCUCGUCAGCUUGACAUAUUAUUACUGGGGAUCGUUGCUCGACAGUUCAAACAUAGACUGUCUCCUUACUUCGGAAAAGCAAUGUGUCCUGAUAGAUGCCCCUCCAUCCAUGAUCAGCGGUCGGGAACGGUGUCGAUUCACUCUCGUUGUUAGGGAGGACGUCAUCAAAUACUAUUCGGUGAAAUGUGCAGCGAACGAGCUAAUAAUUAGUGGAUGUGCUAGGAAGUUGGGUAAAUUCAUCGCUGAGGAACGCCUGCAACCAGUUCAGAGACAAUAUGUCUGGCGAGAAGAUCAGAUAUCUCCAGUUGUGGAAGUCCCGGCUGCUUCAUUCGAGACACUAUAUGAAGUUGGGAAAGUGCAAAGAAGGAAGAUCCUCUUCCCAGGCAACAAAGCUAUACAAGUGCUUUCGAUCGUCGUUGCCGAUUUAAGACCCGAAGAACGGAACGUUAUCAUCAACGACCUCGCAAAUUUCAAGGACUUUGGUUGCUUGAACACACAACGGCUGUGGGGUAGUAUGGUGUCUGACACUCAAAUUACUAUGUUUCUCGAAGAUACGGCUGUAGAAUCGCUAUCUAGCUACGUGACGGCACAACCCAGGAGCUCCAGUGAGCUUCUUAAAUUUGCUCGACAAAUGGCCACAGUGAUAGACUUUUUUGAGCGUACCAAAUUCAUCCACAAAAAGUUGUCGAUCGACGUCUGCCUUUUGACUGCAAACCAGGUGUUGAAAGUCGUUGUCUUUGGUCUGUCAACAGGAUUGAUUCCGAAAAGAAUAUAUAUGGAAGACGUGGAACGAUGCCGCUGGAUGCCUUGGGAAUGUCUCAAGGGAUAUGAUGGUUCGGAACCAGAUCCGUACGACCAACCGGCAGUGAUUUGGACACUUGCCACUAUGAUUUGGAGUAUGUUCCAUCGAGGUUCGUGGGGGUACUAA